CACACACACACACACACACACACAAUCCUUACGUGGGAGAAUAAUAAAACGCACAUAAAAUGUUAGGUCAGUUUUAGGUCUCGUCCUGUCGUGGGAGCAGCUAAUAUUUGGCAUUGUAUGGAAAACUGGAAAACCCCUGAGAAAAUGAAAUUGAAAGUAAAGUGCAGGGAAAGACUGGGGAAUACCUUUAUUUAGACCUGAUCUAUCUGCGGAAAUACACGCCGGAUAAAAAUCGAUUUAGUUAUAAACACGAGCGCUUUGAAUCUGAGGCGCCAUUGAAUUAAUAGCGACACUUCAGCGGUUCAUACACAGGCUACAUUAUGUCCAAACUUUUGGUGGCUGCUCUUGCUGUGUUCUCGGAUUUGGUCAUGGUCUAUGUGCUGGACUUGGUAGGCACACACUUGAGAGGUGAAGUGAGGAGUUUGGAUGGUGGAGCUGACUUGGUGAGGCAGUGGACUGAGGCUGUGCUGAGAUGCUCAUUGCUCUGCUCAGUCUUCUACUGGAGUGAUGUGAGAGGGCAGCUGAUGAAGAGAUGGGUCAUGGCCCACUGUUUUAUCACUCCUGUGUAUGAAACAGGUCGCUUAACUCUGUUAGGUAUCUGGCCGCUGGAGAAGUUUGCAAUGUGGCUGGUCAGCAGUGUGGCUGCUGCUUUGGGAUGCCUGUUUUGGGAGACGCUCUUACCAGAGUCUAAUGGGGAAAGCAGCAGCAAAGAGAAGAAGCAGAAAGCUCGAGUGCUCUUCAUGAGAGUGAUCCGCUUCUACAGACCUGACUACCUGUUCUUAAUCACGGCGUCUGUCUUUCUAGCCCUAGCUGUCCUUUGUGAGAUGUUUAUUCCACUGUACACAGGAAAGUUGAUCGAUAUCCUGCAGACCAAGUACAGCUGGGAUACAUUUCUUUCAACAAUAAUAUUAAUGACGUUUUUCUCUUUUGGAAGUUCUUUCAGUGCAGGCUGUCGAGGAGGCCUCUUCACGUGUGCUAUUGGCAGCUUUAUUUGCAGAGUGAAGCAUCGACUCUUCAGCUGCUUGCUUAAACAGGACAUUGGCUUCUUUGAGACUACAAAGACAGGUGACAUCACAUGCAGACUGUCCACAGACACCAAUCUCAUGGCCCAAGCUGUAGCCCUAAAUGUGAAUGUCCUUCUGCGAACCCUGAUUAAGACCCUGGGGAUGCUGUACCUAAUGUUUAGCCUCUCGUGGAAGCUCACUGUACUGACGCUGAUGGAGACGCCUUUGACUGGCCUUCUACAGAACAUCUAUGACACACAUUACCAGAGUCUCUCAAAGAAGGUGCAGGACUCCAUAGCAAGGGCAAAUGAUGCUGCGGGAGAGGCUGUGUCAGGCAUCAGGACAGUAAAGAGUUUUAACGCAAAGCAGAGUGAGAAGGGUCGCUAUGAUGAGCGGCUGAUGGACACACAUAAUAUAAAGACUCAGCGGGACACAGUCAGAGCAGUGUACCUGCUGGUGAGAAGGCUCAUAGAGUUGGGAGUGAAGGUGGCUAUGUUAUACUAUGGUCGCCUGUUUAUAACGUAUGGACAGAUGACCACAGGAAAUCUGGUCUCAUUCAUCCUCUACCAUUCAGAUCUCGCGGACAACAUUAGGACUUUGAUUUACAUAUUUGGAGACAUGUUGAACUCUGUGGGUGCUGCUGGGAAGGUGUUUGAGUACCUGGACCGCAAGCCUGAAGUGAGCACAGAUGGGACCCUGGAGCCAGAGGAAUUGAAAGGACACAUCAGCUUCCAGAACAUCACAUUCUCAUAUCCAACACGUCCUGACCGCAAUGUGCUGGAGGACUUCAGUUUGGAGCUGAAGCCCGGUAAAAUGACUGCCCUGGUAGGGAUUUCCGGUGGUGGGAAAAGCACUUGUGUCAGUCUGCUACAGAGGUUUUACCAGCCUCAGCAUGGACAUGUCCUACUAGAUGGACAGCCUCUGCAGAACUACCAGCACAAAUACCUGCACAGCAAGAUUGUUGCAGUGGGCCAGGAGUCUGUUCUCUUCUCAGGUACCAUACGGGACAAUAUUGCUUACGGAUUGUCAGACUGUUCAAUCAAGAGAAUUGAGGAAGCAGCACGCAAAGCCAAUGCACAUGAAUUCAUCUGCCAGUUACCGAAAGGUUAUGACACAGAUGUAGGAGAACGAGGAAGUCUUCUUGGGAGCAGUCAGAAGCAGCGCAUUGCGAUUGCCAGAGCUCUAAUCAGACAGCCACAGGUUAUAUUACUGGAUGAGAUCACAAGCUUUCUGGAUCCUAAAAGUGAACAAAUGGUCCAACAAGCUCUGGCCAACUGCCCCAACCAGACUUUACUGGUGAUUGCACACAGACUGAAGACCAUUGAAAAGGCGGACCAGAUUAUUGUGAUUGAUCAGGGGGUGAUUGUGGAGCAAGGCAGUCACCAGGAACUUAUGGAGAAGGAGGGAUAUUACUACAAAAUGAAAGAAAAACUCUUUACUGAAAAUAACAGUAACAGUUAAUGUGAAAAAAAGACCUGCAAGUCUAAUCUUAAAAAUUGGAGGUGUUGAUCAGUAUACAGUAUAACCGUAAUCACAUUGUAAUUGAUGCUUUUGGCAUUCAGGAUUGUUUCAGACGUUUUCUGAGCUACACUGUGAUCUUACUUGGUCAAUAUACUGUACAAAAAGUAUAUUUGCAUGUGUUAAAAGUUGUAAAUAAUGGUGAUAAAUUAAAUAUUUUGAUGGAGUUAGAUUUAUUUAUAUGAAUGGGCAAUAUUGGAGAAAGCAAAACACAGCAAAAAUACACCAGAUUUGUUCAUUUUUUGGGAAGUGGGAUAUUUUUCGUUUUUUUAUUAGAUAAAAGAAAUUAAGUGUUUUAAUUAACUGUUUACCAUUUAUUAGCAGUGACAGCAUUAAAAUCUCUGCUUUCAUUAUAAAAUCACAUCCUGGUGUGUUAUGGAGUUUUAUAUUGGUUCUGCAAUUUGUAGAAGCUACUUGUCUCUCAUAAAUGACUGUUAUAGCUGCACCUUAGCUGGUCAAUCUCUUCUCCCACUUGAAAUUUCUUCAAUAAUUUCACAUUUUUAUGAAAGUUUCAUAUUAUUCAGUUGUAUUUGAUGGGUUUUUUUCCCCCCCACCUGUCCCCAAUAUUUCUUUCUAUCCUAUUAGUGUGUAUGCUAGGCAAUGAACACAAGUCACUCUGACAUUUCUACAAUGAAUAAAUAUCACAUUUGCUAGUG